GACUGUUGCCCGAGAGAAUUUUAAAAAAAUCUCGCGUCGUGUAGCUUGGUAUGGGCUCAUAUCACAUGCCUCGAGCGAGCCUAUUGCCAUCUUCAAGUUGCAAGAAAACCAUCAGUUCUGUCCAGAGCCGGACAGGAACAGAUAUGUGUCGGCGACUUCAUCAUCUGUCGCACGGUCAGAAUGCGAUGUCGUCGCCACGUCGCCGAGUCAGCGGAUCGUACGGUCCAGCAUCGAGUCAUCGACACUGGACCUUUCCCUCGCCAGCGUUCGAUACUAAAUCGCCGAACCGACGACGAUUAUCUGAAAAAGUUGAUUUGGCUUGUUCGAUAGCAGCGUUGUCGCUGCAGCAGAAUGGCUCUUCUGUCGCUCGUCAGUUAUCAGGAGAGAGUGAACGUCUUGAACGGCUUCGUGGUCCUAGCUCCCAGCCUCGUGAUCCUUUCUCUCAUCCUUGCGAUCUUCUGGUUGCUCGCAUCAUACAAGCAGAAAUUAGGCUAUGGUCCUCCCGCGUGGCCAAUUCUCGGCACUUUGCCUGAAAUGCUUCUGGCGUUUCCGUAUCUUUAUGACUGGGCGACAUCUUAUCUCGAGGCUAGUCCCACUAUGACCUACAUCUCGCUAGCGCCUGGCCUCAAUGAAGUCGUCACUGCCAACCCUAAGAACCUGGAGCACAUCCUCAAGACCAAUUUCGCGAAUUACCCGAAGGGUCCGAAUUUCCAGACCAACUUCGAGGACCUUCUCGGUCAUGGCAUAUUCAACAGCGAUGAUGAUGUCUGGAGGCAGCAACGCAAAACUGCCAGCCUUGAGUUUUCCAACAGGUCUCUCAGAGACCUCAUGAUGGUCUCGAUUCAAGAAGAGCUUCUUCAGCGUUUCAUCCCCACCUUGGCAGAGGCUUCUGUGACGAGAACACCGGUGGACCUUCAAGAUAUUCUGCUGCGAUAUACCUUCGAUAAUAUAUGCAGAAUUGGUUUCGGUGUUGACCCUGGCUGCCUUGAGCCAGGACUUCCGGAAGUCCCAUUUGCGAGAGCAUUUGAUGAGGCCACAAAGGCGACCCUCUUCAGAAACUUGAUUCCUGAGUUUGUCUGGAAGGCAUUCAGGUUCCUUCGUUUGUUCCAAGAAGGCACGCUUCACUCUGCUGUGAAGACAAUCGAUACUUUUGCAGAGGAAGUUAUCAGGAAUCGGCGUGUUGAGCUGGCAAGUGAAAAGAAACAGUAUGCAAUCGAUGGCGCUGUAACUGACCAUUCAGAUAUCCUCUCCAGUUCAGUGUGCAUUUGUUUUGGACACAGGAUGAUGCUUCUUGAGAAGGAUGACGGUGGCCAGCUCUACUCCGAAAGCUUUCUCAGGGAUGUUUGCACGAAUUUCAUUCUUGCUGGAAGGGAUACAUCGUCUGUCCUCAUGACCUGGCUGUUCUGGCUGCUGACGUGGCACCCAACUGUGGAAAAAAAUAUCCUGGCGGAAGUGCAAUCCAUUGUUGCUGCACGUGAAGGUGACAAGAGUUUUGGUGCAUUUACCUAUGAAGAGCUGAAGCAAAUGAAGUAUGUGCACGCAGCAAUAGCUGAGGCACUUCGUCUAUAUCCAUCCGUUCCAGCGGAUUUCAAGCAUGUUGUUAAGGAUGACGUGCUUCCAGAUGGGACACAUGUCAAGAGUGGCUGGCGAGUCCAGUAUGAAAUUUACGCAAUGGGUCGCAUGACUCGCAUCUGGGGGCCCGACGCGAGAGAUUUCAAGCCAGAGCGGUGGUUUGAUAGCAAUGGCGAGUUAAUCAAUGAGUCGCCUUUCAAGUUCCCUGCCUUCAAUGCUGGGCCUCGCCUCUGCCUUGGAAGAGACCUCGCCUAUCUUCAGAUGAAGUCUAUUGUUGCCAGCACAGUCCGUUUUUUCCGACUCGCCGUUGCACCUGGUCACAAGGUCGAAUACAGUAUGUCGCUCACUCUCUCCAUGACGAACGGACUGAAGGUUUUUGUGACUCCCAGGUGAAGCGGGCAUUUCCUAGACCUUGCCUCACAUAGGUGAAGGCUUAUACGCAUUCGUCAAGCUGUUACCCAUAAUGGUGGUGUGACACGGUAGGGUCGAGUGAUGCAUUAGCGUGUACAUCAUGCAGGUUGUAGGUUGCACCUACGCAUAGUAAGCGGAAUAUGGCACAGCUUCCAAAGCUGUGAAAAUAGGAUAUGCAAUGCAAUGUGGAAAAUGUAAGUGAUAAGCGGUAAUUGUAGCGGCAGAGCGAACUAUGGAAGUGAAGUACUGCCUGCAAGGCGCAUGUCAGAUAUGGCGUUCAGCGCAGAGCGAUUGACUGAAGAUGAAGAUGAAGAUGAAGAUGGUCGCGAUUCUCAAAUCGGUAUCCAGUGUGAAUGACUCAUGCUAGCCAGGAGUUGACACAGCUGGCCGAGAAGCUAGAAAAGAGGGUAGACAGGUAAACCAUGGUGUAUGCAGUCUCUUGAUAAAUAGCCACGACGUUCAGAUGCCGCCACGGUUUACAUACGAGCAACGCGUCUCUGAGUGAUUUUCGAAUCUUCCGCCAUAAUGCCUCACCAACGUGCCACCUCCGCUCCCCUGGCGGAGCGGUUAUUGCAUCCCGUAUAUUUAACUCCGUCCGGCCGACCCGUGCUCUUCCCGGGCGAAGUAGAGAGCCUCUUAAUCGAUGACGCCGGGAUAGAAUUCGAGGAGGAAACGCCCGGUUCUUCCGCCGCACAUCCCGCCGCAAAUUCCGGUAACGUUCUCGAAGCGGAGUCGCUUCGCGAUGGCGUGGCGUCGCUCACGACGCACCGUCUGAUCUGGAUCGACGAACGGCCAGCGACGGCUGGUAACCCGAAACGGGCUUUCGCCUUACCCCUCGUCGCCAUCGCGAAUGCUUCCGUCGCAGGGCGGCGAGGGUUCACCUCCGUUUUCGCCUCCCCUCGCGUUCGCAUUUACAUCUUGCUAGAUCCCCAAGGGCGGGCGGUUUUGUCGUCUUCUGCCAUUGGCAGCAGCAACUACAACGGAUCAAGCUAUAGCCAGAGCAGUAGCACAGUAAAUUCAGGACGAACCGCGUCUUUAGUAGCCGUUCUAAGAGGCCAGGCUCCAACUGACGUGUUCCUUAAGAAACUAAACGACGCUUUAGCGGCUCGAAAAUGGCAGACGGCACCUUUCCCAGGCGUACCUCCCCCUGCUGCCGCCUCCCCCUUUCCCCCCGCCCCGACAAUCGGCGCAGCAGCAGCAGCGCUUGGCGCACAUGGGGGGGGCGGAAUGGGGGGACCAGCAACUGGCGGAACGAACCCCCUGUAUUGGGGCAGCGGGGGGUAUGGGAGCGGGGAAAUGGGG